UGCUCCACAUCCUUCUCACAAAGGACUCGUUCAAUAGCCAUAAAUAUAAUGGUUACCAAGCAUCAGCUUUCCAAAUUAAGCUUACCACUCUUUCUUAAACACAUUGACAUACCGCCUUGUUUUUCUCUUCCGCUGCAUGACCAGCAAAGAAAAAUCUAAGCAACAAACAAAAAAAAGAAAUCUCAUUUUCUCUCAUCAAUGCAAAAAUACAAGGCCGGAACGAUCUUAACUCCGGCCACUGCUGCCCUCUUUAUUCAAUGUCGCCAUAUUCUAGUUAUGCCGAAGCACCCUCCUCAUCGAACUACACCCCGCCAAUACCUAUAAUUAUAACUGUAAUUUUCCUUGUUUUGUUCUUCCUUGGUUUUUUCACAGUAUACUUUUGCAGGUGUAUCCUGGAAAAUCUUGUUAGUAUCUGGAAUCAGCGGCGUAAUCCUUCGGGUCCUGUAGCUGCCUCAGCAGGUGCAGAUAUGAGUAAUGGCCUUGAUCCUGAACUAAUACAAACUUUCCCAACAUUCUAUUAUUCCACCGUCAAAGAGUUUCGUCGUGAAAAGUAUGGCCUAGAAUGUGCUAUUUGCUUAGGAGAGUUCAGCGAUGAAGAUAUGCUUCGACUUUUGACAAUUUGUUGCCAUGUUUUCCAUAAAGAAUGCGUUGAUCUUUGGCUUGAAUCACAUAAAACAUGUCCAGUUUGUCGUGGGGAGCUAGAUGAGCCUAGGAAAUCAUUGGAGAAGUCCCCGAUACUUGUUCAUAGCAAUUCCAUGCAUGAAAUUGGAGCAAACCAAAGCUCACUACAAGAUGCUGUUUGCAUUGACAUUAAAGAAGAUAACAUUGAGAAAGCUGGUGGGGUCGAAGAUGAAGCACAAGCCUCUUCAAAUUCAAGAGAACAACAUCAUAGGAAAAGUCACAAGGUACAAAGAUUUUCAAGGUCACAUUCAACCGGGCACUCCAUAUCUAGAACUAGAGAAGAGGAGGAUAAAUAUACUCUGAGAUUGCUUGACCAUGUCAAAAUAAAAAUUGUAAGGGGACAUAACUCUGCAGGAAGUUGUAUUGCGUUUGGUGAUUUUGCAAGCCCCUCGGACUACAGGAACGAAGGUUCUGUUAAACCAUCAGGGACACAUGCCUAGUAGACAUUGAUAAA